UUAGCUAAGAAUGAAACCUUGGCAUUACCUGCCAAAUCUAAAACACCGGAGGUUGAAAAAAUCUCAGCACGAUCCACGACAGAGACUCCUGAAACAGUUCCCAGAACCACUAAACCCACUACAUCUAGUGCAUUAGAUGUUUCAGGAACGACACUGGUUGUCAGCAAAAGGACCCCGGAAACAUUGCAAACUAUUCUAAUACCUCAGUUUGAAUUGCCACUGAGCACUCUAGCUCCAAAAAGGCUUCCAGAAUUUCCUGAGGCAAAAACACCCUUCCCUUUUGAGAAACCUGGGGGCACAUGGGCUUCAAGUGAAAAGCCAUGGAUUGUGCCUACAGCUAAAAUAUCAGAAGAUUCCAAAGUUCUGCAGCCUCAAACUGCAACUUACGAUGUUUUCUCAAGCCCUACAACAUCAGAUGAGCCUGAGAUAUCAGAGUCCUACACAGCAACAAGUGAUCGUAUUCUGGAUUCUGUCCCACCUAAAACUUCUAGAACUCUUGAACAGCCAAGGGCAACACUGGCUCCAAGAGAAACACCAUUUGUUCCUCAGAAACUGGAAAUCUUUACCAGUCCAGAAAUGCAGCCUACAACAGCUGCUCCCCAGCAAACUACAUCUAUCCCUUCUACACCUAAACGACGCCCCCGGCCCAAACCGCCAAGAACCAAACCUGAAAGAACCACAAGUGCUGGAACAAUUACACCUAAAAUUUCUAAAAGCCCUGAACCUACAUGGACAACACCGGCUCCCAGUAAAACACAAUUUAUUUCUUUGAAACCUAAAAUCCCUCUCAGCCCAGAAGUGACACACACCAAACCUGUCCCAGAACCCCAGACUCUACUGCCAUCACAGUCAACAAUAGGACCUGAAACACUGGAAACCAAACCUUCAACAACAACAUUAGCUCUGGAACCUGCCACGAUACAACCGGAGCCCUUGGUGCCCACAACUGCCUCAAAACCAUCUGAGAGACCUAAAACCACACCCAGACCAGAUGCACCUCAAAUUCAGCCUGGUUCAAAACCACCAAAACAAUUACUUCCUAAACCCCAAACCACAGCAGAACCAGACAUGCCACCAACUAAAUCCGUCUCUGAGCCUGUUGCAUUUGAAACGGAAGCUCCCUCGAUGACCAUAGUUCCCACCACAGACAUUGAGCCUGUAACUGUGAGAACUGAGGCUCCAGUGACAACAUUAGCUCCAAAAACAUCGCAACGAACAAGAACACGUCGUCCACGUCCCAAACAUAAAACCACGCCACGCCCAGAGACACCGCAGACCAAACUAGACUUUGGACCUAUUACUCCUGGGACAUCUUCAGCUCCAACAACAACAAAAAGAACCCGUCGUCCACAUCCCAAACCUAAAACCACGCCCCAUCCAGAAGUACCUCAGACUAAACUGGUUCCUGCCACAAUCCUCGAACCAGUUCUUAGAACUGAGGCUCCAGGGACAACAGUAGCUCCCAAAGUGCCUCAACGAACUCGUCGUCCACAUCCCAAACCUAAAACCACACUGAGUCCCGAAGAGCUUCAGACUGAACUGGUUCCUGCUACAAUCUUUGAACCAGUUUCUCCUAUAAAAGAGGCUCCAGGGACAACAUUCGUUCCUGUUACAGACCUCGAACCUGUUACUUUUAGAACUGAGAUCCCUGCAACAACCUUAGCUACCAAAACAACAAAAAGAACUCGCCCUCCACGUCCCAGACCUAAAACUACACCGAGCCCUCAGGCACCUGAGACCAAACCCGUUCCUGCUACAGUCCUAGAACCUGUCACUCUUAGACCUGAGGCCUCAACAACAUUAGCUUCCAAAACAUCACAACGGACACGUCGUCCACGUCUCAGAACAAAAACCACACCACGUCCUGAAGUACCUGAAUCCAAACCAGUUCCUACUGCAGAGCUCAAACCUGUUACACUCAGAACUGAGACUUGGGUGACAACACAAGCUCCUAAAACAUCACAACGAACUCGUCGUCCACGUCCCAAAACUAAAACCACACCAAGUCCUGAGGUUCCUCAGACCAAACAGGUUCCUGUUGCAGAUCUUGAACCUGGUACUCUCAGAACUGAAGCUCCAAAAACCAUGGUUGUUACUACAGUCCUUGAACCUGACACUUUUAGAACCAAGGUUCCAGAAACAACAUUAGCUCCUAAAACACAACGGACACGUCGUCCCCGUCCCAGACCCAAAACUACAUCAAGUCCUGAAGUACCUCAGAACAAAUCGGUUUCUGUUACAGGCUUUGAACCUGUUGUUCAUAGAACUGAUGCUCCAGAAACAACAUUUGCUCCCACUGACCUGCAAACUCUUAUUUUGAAACCGGUGACAUCACCAAGCCUAGAAAUGACAGAAAGUCAACCUGUUUCUGAUGUUCUGGAAUCGGUUACAUUUAGUACUGAGUCACCAAAGGAGACUAUAGCACCAGCCAAAACAGACUAUGUAUAUCCCACUGCCAAAGCACCACUCUGGCCAGAGGAGCCAAAGACUGAAGUUGUGGAAUCUGUUACAUAUGUGUCUGAACCACCUGAGACCACACUAGAAACGUCGCCUCUGCCUUCUCAAUCUAUAACCCUACCCAGCCCAGAUGAGCCUCAGACUGAACCCGCUCCCAAGCAGACACCACGUGCUCCUCCUAAGCCAAAAACAUCGCCACGCCCAAGAAUUCCACAAACACAACCAGUUCCUAAGGGGCCCCCGCAUAUUACUGCAAAACCAAAAACGUCACCGAGUCCAGAAGUGUCAUACACCACACCUGCUCCAAAAGAUGUGCUCCUUCCUCAUAAACCAGACCUUGAGGUCUCUCAGAGCGAACCUGUUCUGCAACCUGUUACCUUUAGAUUUGAGCCACCAAAGACAACAAUAGCUCCUCUAGAGACACGAGGCAUCCCUUUUAUACCCAUGAUUUCCCCAAGUCCUAGUCAAGAGGAACUACAGACCAUUCUGGAAGAAACAGACCAAUCCAUCCAAGAACGUUUCACAACUAAGAUUCCACGAACAACUGAACUGGCAAAGACAACUCAGGCGCCACACAGGUUUUAUACUACUGUGAGGCCCAGAACAUCUGACAAGCCACACAUCAGACCUGUUCUGCAUAGGACAACUACAAGACCUACUAGGCCCAAACCCAGUGGGAUGCCCAGUGGGAAUGGAGUGGGAACAGGAGUCAAGCAAGCACCCAAGCCAUCAGGUGCUGAUAGAAAUGUAUCAGUGGACUCUCCCCACCCCACUAAGAAGCCAGGGACUCGCCGCCCACCCUUGCCACCCAGACCUACACCCCCACGAAGAAAACCUUUACCACCAAAUAAUGUCACUGGAAAGCCAGGAAGUGCAGGAAUCAUCUCAUCAGGCCCAAUAACCAUACCACCCCUGAGGUCAACACUCAGACCUACUGGAACUCCCUUGGAGAGAAUAGCAACAGAUAUAAAGCAACCAACAGUUCCUGCCUCUGGAGAAGAACUGGAAAAUAUAACUGACUUUAGCUCAAGCCCAACAAGAGAAACUGAUCCUCUUGGGAAGCCAAGAUUCAAAGGUCCUCAUGUGCGAUACCUCCAAAAGCCUGACGACAGUCCCUGCUCCAUUACUGACUCCGUCAAACGGUUCCCCAAAGAGGAUGCCACAGAGGGGAAUGCCACCAGCCCACCACAGAACCCACCCACCAACCUCACUGUGGUCACUGUGGAAGGGUGCCCCUCAUUUGUCAUCUUGGACUGGGAAAAGCCACUAAAUGACACUGUCACUGAAUAUGAAGUUAUAUCCAGAGAAAAUGGGUCAUUCAGUGGGAAGAACAAGUCCAUUCAAAUUACCAAUCAGACCUUUUCCACAGUAGAAAAUCUGAAACCAAACACAAGUUAUGAAUUCCAGGUGAAACCCAAAAACCCGCUUGGUGAAGGCCCGGUCAGCAACACAGUGGCAUUCAGUACUGAAUCAGCUGACCCAAGAGUGAGCGAGCCAGUUUCUGCAGGAAGAGAUGCCAUCUGGACUGAAAGACCCUUUGAUUCAGACUCUUACUCAGAGUGUAAGGGCAAACAGUAUGUCAAAAGGACAUGGUAUAAAAAAUUUGUAGGAGUGCAGCUGUGCAACUCUCUCAGAUACAAGAUUUACUUGAGCGACUCUCUCACAGGAAAAUUUUAUAACAUAGGCGAUCAGAGGGGUCAUGGAGAAGAUCACUGCCAGUUUGUGGAUUCAUUUUUAGAUGGACGCACCGGGCAGCAACUCACUUCUGACCAGUUACCAAUCAAAGAAGGUUAUUUCAGAGCAGUUCGCCAGGAACCUGUCCAAUUUGGAGAAAUAGGUGGUCACACCCAAAUCAAUUAUGUUCAGUGGUAUGAAUGUGGGACUACAAUUCCUGGAAAAUGGUAGAUGCUGCAAAGUUACCUUCUGUUUCAUCAUGGCAAACAAAAUCAUUGAAAAUACUAUGUCACAUUCAUUCAAAGCUAUUUUGUUUACUAUGUAUAAAAGUCUACAAUUUAAUAGCAAUACUAGAUGUUUAUUAUUAGAAAAGAUUGCUGAGAGUAUUUAUCAGGUUUUACAAAGUCAUUUUAAGAAAGCAAAAUAUUGAUGUUAACAGAAUAACAUUUUUGGGGAAGCUGGCUCCCUAUUCAUGGUAUUUUAAGAGAUCGUUUGUAUAUUAUUUAUCACACUGUUGUAAUGAUGUUUUGAGAUACUUUUAUAACAAAAUUAACAUCAAAAGUAUAUACUUUUAAAAAAUAUUUACUUUUAUUGAUGUGUACUCUUCCUAUUGACGAGUUAAUUCCAUAAAUCUCUACUUAGUUUAACUUAUUGGAUCAAAUUAUCUUCAGCAUAUAUAUCUGGGGAAAAAAGGUCCGAAUUUUCACAUUUAUAUUUAAACUUCCAUUUUUUAGCAACAGCUGAAUAGCUUUGUGGAGGAUUUUAAGAGUUACACAUUCAUGCUAAUAUACAUUUCCUUUAAACAUCCACAAAUUCUUAAAAAGACUGAAUCAGUAAAUUUCAUUUCAGCUAAAAAUGAAGUCUAAUAUAUUGUUUCAAAAGAUACAUUUUUACAUACCAUAAAUGUUACAAUAUCUGAAUAUGCUUUGUCAAACUAUCCCUUUAUGCAAUUGUCUUCAUAUUGUUUUUAUGAUUCUAAUCAAGCUGUAUGUACAGACUGAAUGUGAAGUCUGAGCACAAAAAUAAUGCACGAUGAGAUCGCCUACCAUUUUAUAGGACAUUUACUAUGUAUUUAUAUGUUAAGACCUCUAUGAAUGAAUGUAUCAGAGAAUGUCUUUGUAACUGUUUGUUUAAUUCAAUCUGUAAUAAAAAUCUGACUCAUUUCUAUUAAAAAGGUAUUUUCCUUUAGGCGGGGAAUGGGAAUCCUUGCUGCACUGUUGCAGUCAUUCUGAAAGGACCUUUCCCUGUACUUACCUUUCAACAUGCUUCAAUCUUAUCAAUGCUACAUUUUGUAUUUUUCAAGUAAGUAUAAAUUCUGCAAUAAAGAGAUGUAAUUUUUUUUAAGAUUGAGUUUUUUUUAUUUCUGAAUGGUUCAUCAGUAUGUUUACUAUACCCUAAGGAAAAUCACA